AAUUAAUUAAACAAUUUUUUUCUAUUAGUGAAAACAAGGAUCUUCCCCACUAGUCGUAGAACAGCCCAAGAGAAGAAUUUGACCAUCGAAAGUGUUGUUCCUUUUUAGAGCAAUCAGUUCCAAAGCUAAAGUGGGGUGGGAAACCUCAUAAUUUUCGUCUGCAAUACGACGUGGCAAAUUAUUUGGGUUAAUCGUACGUCUGAAAGGCAGUCUGUAGUAUCCAGUUCUACAGUCAACCGUGUAAAAUGAUUCAUGUUAAUUCAACUGAAGCGAUCUGUAAACCUACCCGGUGUAUUUUGAAUGCACGAAGGUACAAUGUGAAACACCAAAAUGUGAGAUACCAAAGUUCAACUUAUUCAACGGCCAAGACAAACAAUGUCCCCCUUGGUCAAAGUUUCUUCAAGUCCACAGGAAUCAAAGAAAAGGGACGUUGCAUAAAUGAGUUCGACGGGUACUCUUCUAGAAAAAGCGUCACGAUUUUCACUUAACCUCUUUCUAGUUAUUUGAUGGGACAGCAAUGUGACCUCCUUCUUAGUUUUUCCUGUUUUUUUUCAGUGUUAUUGGCUUUGACAGGCUAUAGAUAUUGCUAAAAGGCGAGUGUCGUGCUAAGCAACCCAAUGCACCGGUCACGUUAGUCACUUGUCUUCCUCAAACACACACAAAAGGAGAAUAUCACGAGCUUCAGCAUCCGUAAAGGAAAAAAAAAUCGGUUUUCAUCAAAUUUGAUUUUAGCCUUCUGUCGACCUAGAUAAUAGUCUAUAAUGUUACGGAAAAUUGCACUUCUGAUCUGCCUGGUGCCAACCUCUCUAGCCAUUCCUCGUCCAAACGUUCCGGAAGGAUCAGAGAACGAUGUGUCCAUUUGUUCGCUGCCCCCAGUCAGCCAGGGCACGAAGAAAUGCCGGGGUUUCUUCCCACGCUGGACUUACAACGCCGAAACAAAAUCCUGUACGGGGUUCUUGUAUGGCGGUUGCGGAGGCACGGAUAAUUUGUUCCUAAGCGAAUUCGCCUGUCUGGCAAGAUGCAAUCAACAGGGACUGGAGAAGCUUAUCAAACAAAGUGAUCCUACUUCACGGUGCAUGCAACCAAAAGCCGAAGGUCUUUGUCGGGCAGUCAUUCCGAGUUUCUAUUUUGACGUGCAAACUGGCAAGUGCACGCUUUUCGAUUUCAGCGGCUGUCACGGAAAUGACAACAGAUUCGCCACGGAAGAGGAAUGCGAGCAGGCAUGUUACCACUACCCAAUCUAUUGGCAAGACACCGGCAAUCCUCUUUCAACUAUUACUUCUACCGGAGUAACUGAUUUAGGUAGCGACAACAAAGACGUCCAUGGUGAAAAGCUGGACGUUUGCUCGCUACGAGUUGUAAAUCCAGGGCCAAAAAGAUGUAAAAUCAAUACUCAAGGGCGUUGGACGUACAACAGCAAAACAGGAAGAUGCGAUCAGUUCGAGUACAUACCUUGUUCCAGCGUUGAUCCACCGAAUUUAUUCUUAAAUGAAUUCGCUUGUUUGGCCAGAUGCAAUGAACAAGGACUAAAGAAGCUGAUUGAUUCAAGUGAUCCUUCGUCGCCCUGUAUGCAGCCAAAAACUGCCGGCAAUUGCCGUCUUUUCAUUCCUAGAUUCUUCUUUGAUAAGCAAACUGGAAAGUGCGAAUCGUUCGUAUACACCGGUUGCGGUGGUAACGACAAUAACUUCAAGUCGCAAGAGGAAUGUUAUCUCAAGUGUAACAAUAAUGGCUCACUAGAAGAAUCUGACUCAGUUACGGUCAAUUAUGCUGCAGGUACAGGUAAUGUUGAAGUCCUUGAAGCUUGAUCAUGCCGGGCUUUCCUUGAUGGCAUCUUCGUUAAGUCUCCGGUUGCAGUUAUUUUUCCAGGAACCCAAGUGAUUGAUGAAAACGACUAUGCUUUAGACUGGAAGAAAAAAACCAUGAACUUGCAGGUCGUUAGCAUAUUUCUCAUUAUAUACAAUAACUUGUAAUAUUUUUUAUAU